UUCUAACUAAGGAAUAAGCCAAAAAACUCGUAGCCCCACGAGACAAAAAAAUAGGAAUCAGGCAAACCGGCUGGUCUAAAGAGCCAGCCAGCUAGCCCCAGGUUGACUUCCUCCAUCUCCCAAACACGUUUCGUACAAUGUGCAUCUCCCCCACGAGUAUAGCAAAACCUCUGUGUCUUGUGAAAGAGACCCGAAACAAGGCCGUAUCGGCCGGCGCACGGGCUGACUGUGCCGCUGCUGGUGAAGACGAUUCUGAAGAUCUUGGAUCGGGCGACGGAGUACGCGGCGGGAGAGCCGCUGUCGUUGUGCUACAAUACCUCGCCGCUGAGGUGUUGGAGCUCGCUGGAAACGCUGCAAGGGACAACAAGAAGAACCGCAUUAUUCGUGGCCCGAGUGCCCUUUUGAAAUUUCACUUUUUUUUUUCUGUUUCUCAUUAAUUUUCUUAAUCUCUAAUUUUCAGAUUUUUAGUAGAAAAAAGAAAAAGAAAAAGGAAAGUAAAAUUGAGGUUGUAGAUUAUUGGUAUAUAAAAAUAUUGCAAUUUUUUGUGUAUUUUGUAUGUAAGCAUUUUUGUUUAGAUUAUUGGUAUAUAUAAAUAUUGUAAUUUUCUGUU